AUGGUUUGGGACGUUUUCGGCUGGUUCAGAGAUGUUUUAGCAUCCCUAGGUUUGUGGAACAAACAUGGUAAGCUACUUUUCCUUGGUUUAGAUAAUGCUGGUAAGACUACUCUAUUACACAUGCUAAAGAACGACAGAUUGGCCACCCUGCAGCCAACUUGGCAUCCAACUUCUGAAGAGUUGGCUAUUGGUAACAUAAAGUUUACCACCUUCGAUUUGGGUGGUCACGUACAAGCCCGUAGAUUGUGGAAGGAUUAUUUCCCAGAGGUUAAUGGUAUCGUCUUCUUGGUCGACUCAGCUGAUCCAGACAGAUUCGAUGAAGCUCGUGUCGAAUUGGAUGCUUUGUUCAACAUUACCGAAUUGAAGGAUGUUCCUUUUGUUAUUUUGGGUAACAAGAUCGACGCUGCUAACGCUGUUUCUGAAGCUGAACUACGUUCCGCCUUGGGUCUACUAAACACCACCGGCUCUCAAAGAAUCGAAGGUCAAAGACCAGUCGAAGUUUUCAUGUGUUCUGUCGUCAUGAGAAAUGGUUACUUGGAAGCUUUCCAAUGGCUAUCUCAAUAUAUUUAA